CGGGUCUGGCUGGCGGCAGCUGCGGGCGGGAGCCGAGUGUCCCGUGUGCACGUGUGGCGGAGCGGCGGCGGCGGCAGCGGCGGCGGCGGCAGCUCUUCCCGCCUCUUCCCCGGAGCUUCAGGGCCCGGCUCGGCUUUCGUGGCCUCCCUGGCCCCUGGGCGCCCUUCCCUCGGCCAAGAAGGCCGGCGUGUGGGGUCGAGUGGCCUGAGCUCAGGGCGCGGAGAGCUCCAGGCGGCGAGGACGACGGCGUUGGUCGCGGCUGUAACGACGGCCUCAGCAGGCGGGGAAGAUGAAAGGUAGCCGGAUCGAGCUGGGGGAUGUGACACCACACAAUAUUAAACAGUUGAAGAGAUUGAACCAGGUCAUCUUUCCAGUCAGCUAUAAUGAUAAAUUCUACAAGGAUGUGCUAGAAGUUGGCGAGCUAGCAAAACUUGCAUAUUUCAACGAUAUAGCUGUAGGUGCAGUGUGCUGCAGAGUGGAUCAUUCACAGAAUCAGAAGAGACUUUACAUCAUGACACUAGGAUGCCUUGCACCUUACCGAAGACUAGGAAUAGGAACUAAAAUGCUAAAUCAUGUCCUAAACAUCUGUGAGAAAGAUGGCACUUUUGACAACAUCUAUCUGCAUGUCCAGAUCAGCAAUGAGUCAGCGAUUGACUUCUACAGGAAGUUUGGCUUUGAGAUUAUUGAGACAAAGAAGAACUACUAUAAGAGGAUAGAGCCUGCAGAUGCUCAUGUGCUUCAGAAAAACCUCAAAGUCCCAUCUGGUCAGAAUGCAGAGACACAAAAGACAGACAACUGAACAAUUUACAAAUGAACUUUCUUGCACUUGCUUGUCGCCAAAUAAAGAAAGACCCAUUGAUUCCCCCUCCCCCUUUUCUUCAGCUUUCCUCCCUUGUUAUUCCUCCUUUCUUUCCUCUUCAAGUUUUUAAUACUUUCAAGGACUCUUAAAGAUGAUCAUGUUUGGAUUGUUUUAGUUCUCUUAUUUUUGUGAGGUGGUUGGGUUGAAGGAAGGAGAAGAUAGAUCUGUAUAGUUUCACAGUUAAGAUGUUCCCCAGAAUUGGAUGUCAGAUUAUUUCAAUUUUUUUAGCUAAUUUUUUUUUAAACAUCCUGCUUUCACAUUGAAGGGCAGAACCUACAAUAUUGUUUAUUUCAACAGACAAAAAGAAGCAGCAGCAAUAUCUUGUUCUCUAAUUCAUAGACAAGCUUAGUGUGUUUGUGGUACUUUGAGUUUUAAAGACUAUCUGUGGGAUACUAAUCCCUGACAAUGCCUUCACUCUACCUUUAGUCCUUUGAGCACUCUCAGGAGCUGGACCAUUGUUAUCCUUGUGAGAAAAUACUAAGCUUAUUUGGGUUUUUAAAGCAGUUUUUCUCUCUUUUUGCUGAUUGGUGGGGCAGUUUGUGUAGGUAGUAUUAGGCUUUGGUCAAAGUAUUUCAUUUCAACUGCUAUUUUGAUGAUGAGUGGGUUGCUUAUUAGCAGGUGUUUUUUGUUUUGUUUAUUUUUUUCCUUCCUUCCUGCUGUUAAUCUUGUUUCUAGAGGCAUUAACUUGUAGAGUGCAGGCUGGUGAAAUUAACUGUAAUAUCCCAGCUAGAGAUAUGGCCUUUAACUGACCUAAAGAAGAUUGUUAUAAUUGAGUUUUCUUCUCUUGUUUUUCAGUAAGCCCAAUAAUAGUGUAACCUUAUAAAUGGAGUUAUAAGCCAAUACCCCUAAAUAAACCUGAAGCAAGUGUUUUUUCUUGGACAUAGAAAAAUUAUAUAAGCUUAGACGGACUUGUAACACAUUAAGUGUAUUUAAUGUCAACUAAUACAGAUUGUUAAAAGUGUGGCCAUUGAGCGUUUGAUAAUAUAUGAAAGAAUUUCUAGACAGUAUUUUUGAAAGUAACAUUGUUUGCUAUUGCUUAUCUGUUGGAGAACAUCCCAGAUUUUUUACACUCUGUGCCUCCAAUGUUGAGUUUAAAGAUUUGGAAUAAGAGGAAUCAUUAGACAAAUUCCUUCUAUUCUUGGAACAAUGGAAGAAUAAAGUGUUAUACACAUAUCAUUGUGACCUCCAGUUGACAGGUUUGGUUAAGGCCAGAUCAUUUCAGGCACAUUAGGAGUGGCUCUGAUGGGCUGAGAACUGUAAUGUGGAGACAUGUGAGAUACUCUCAUACUUCUUCACAUUGCCUCAUCUCAGAAUACAUGACAUUUCUUAGAUGGUCAGUGGCUCAAGAAAUGUUCUCAUUAGACUUUAAAACAGUACAGAGUGUAUGUUUUCUUUCAUUUGACUUUAAAAGGAAGUUUAAUACAUCCUCUUAAGAAAAUUGUGGUAUGAAAGUCUUAUUUCCAAAUAGGCUAAAUGAAAAAUUAUCUCACAAGAUGCUUAUGCACACUUUAUAACUCUUAAGUUUUGAGGAUGUGAAAGUACAUAAAGUGGACUUUAGUAGUCUUGUGCCAAGAAAAAUACAGACAAGGGGUGUGGUUGAUGGAUGGAUGGAUGGAUGUCUAGGGUAGUGAAAUUGUGGAAAUACCAUGCUUGUUUCUUGGGUAUAAGUUUCCUAGACAGUCCAAAUCUAAGCUCAGAAGAAAAGUUUAGUGUUAAGCACCUUCAUGGAUAAGCUUCAGUUUGCGCUUGCCAAGAGAAGAGGGCAUAAAUGAUAGAGAGCAAAGUUAGUUUGAAGAUGUCAGCCAUUUUGUAAACUUCCAGAUAGCAAAAUAGAUUUUGAUAUAUAAAAGAGUUUUCUGAGAUGACACUGCCUCUAUUUCUAUAACCAUUUCACUUGGACUAUCUUGAGUAGUCCUAUGAAUGUAUCCCUAAAUGUGGUUAUUGAAAAUCCGAAUAGCUGCCUCACAACAAUUAAGUACAUGUUAUUUAAAGAGGAGGAACAAAUAAUAAAGUUUGAAUUGAGUGUGUAGGCUCCCUUUUAUUAUAGUUUCUUUUUUCAACUAGUCAGUGAUUUAACCUAAAUUUUAAAUGUAUGUAAAGGGUCAAUUGUCCUGUAUCAAAGUUGCAUUAAAUAAUUCCAUCCACUUACAUAAGGGGAAGAGGUAGAAACUGGGACUAAUCCAUAUGCCUGUGAGUCAGGAAAUACUAAAGUAACGCCCCAUAUGGAGUUUUUGUUUUUGGUUUGUUUGUUUUGGUUUUUUUCUUUGUUUUUAAUAUAUGAUAAGAAUAAUCUUUGAGAUAAGACAGUAAUUCUGUUAACUGGAAGAUAAUACACUAUCUCCAUUUUUCAGGACAGAUCGUUUUUACUGUGUGGUAAAUAGGUUGAAAUUAUUCUGUAUGCUAUUUGAAUUUAGGUUCUAAAGUAAAGAAUCUGUAGAGAAAUCUAUGCAAUAUAUAAUUUGUCAAGAUUAAUUUUCAUCUGGGGAAAGGAGUUCCUGAGUAUCUCCAAAGCAGGUCACUCAUUAAUUGAAAGUCCUCCAAAAAGAGAACUAACUAUUGGGAAGCAUGGUGUGUGGUGGUGGAAAAGAAAAACUCCCUCAGUUUUUGGAGGGAAUAUCUUUAAAGAUACUUAAGUGGCUACGUUUACUUGGUGCAGUUAAGAAUUAAACUUGUCAAUUUUAAUGUUGCUGUUACAUCUGAAAUAAACUUAUGUGAUGUUCUGGUAGUGA